AUGUUCUUUUCGCUCGCUGCGCUCGCUACGGUUUCCCUUAUCACCUCUUCCGCGCUCGCAGCGGACAACCUGGUCCCGGCCUGCAUCGGCCUCGCAGGAGCGUUCGACACUACGACUGCGAACUUCACCCUCGCCGCGUACUACGCCGACGAGACGAAGAACACGAACACGACCGGUGUCCCGCUUGUCCUCGGGCCUUGGGGCACGCUCGGGCCAGGGGUGCUGUAUGUGCUUAUGACGUACGCCUCGUACCCGAAGCCGCAGAACUGGCCCGCGUUCCAGCUCGACGCCGGCCGGCUGAUCGCGCUGGGCUCGCCGAACGUGACGAACAGGGCCGUGAUAGACGGCUCCGCGCCGGGGUGGCUGCAGAUCAACUCGGACCCGCACACGGGCGCGCAGGUCUACUGCGGUGAGUCGAGCGCCACGGGUCUCCCGCAGCUCGCGGCGAACGGCGCGACGGACCAGUUCGCGCUGUGCACGAACGGGCCGUACUCCGAGGUGAUCUACAUGCCGGAGAACCCGGGCACGGCGUACGACUAUUCCUCGUGCCAGUACAUCCACAUCCACAUCGUGUACUAG